AUGAGCUACGCGUUCCGUCGCGUAUGCCUGCAACUCCCUUCCAGCUUCGGACCUAAGCAUGGUCCUCUGCGUCAAGCUUUCCGCCCAGCCGGGCUCGGCAUUGUCCCAAGAAAGAUCCCGGUGAACAAACGGGCGUUUGGGCUCUCCACAAACCGUCAAAACGACCCCGAUGAUGCCAAGGCCAAGAAGCCCAACCAGGAUGACAUGAGCAAGGAGGAGGAGAGGGAGAAGCUAGAGCGUGAUGAGCAGAUCGCUUUGAGAAAGCAAGAGGAAAGACCAUGGCACCGUGCUGGAGACGAGGUUGAGCAACGAGAGUCGUCCAAAGAUCCCACAAACGGCGAUAAGACUCGCGGACGACUCCUCACAACACCAACGAGGCUGUUGAAGCUCAUUUUGCCGUUGCCCUUUCACGCUGAACAGACACGCAACACGCAGAUUCCCGAGGAAGACGACGACAGGGAUCAAAUCGCCCCGCUCGCCCUCCUUGUACACCCUCAGCAGCCACUGUCCUACCUUGAGAGACUACUACAGGCCGAAAUCCCGCCUAUCGACGAUGGUCGUCGAGAACGGAUCCCCAAGAUAUACUUCCGAGCAGAGGCAGACCACCAGGAUGGCAAACAGGAACAGGACAAGAGCGCAUCGCAGAAGAAAGAGGGCAACGUCGCUUCAUAUUCGGGUCUCGGCCACAAGGGCCCGAAGAAGGAUCACGACGAUACUAAUUGGGUCAGAUGGAGCAGCAGUACCGAAGUGGGCGACUUCAUCCGGGACGCCGCUCGCGGCCGAGAGUUUUCGAUUGGCAUAGAGGGUUACAAGCAGGAGUUGCGGGUAGCUGUGCCGAGCUUCAAUGACCGCACAUACUACAUGCGCGUUCGAUUGCGGAGGAUGUCUCGUCGCGUCGAGGAGUUGGCGAAGCUCAAGCAAGAAUGUGACACGCUUGCGCACCGUGGAGCGCAUCGCAUGGCACAGGGAGGCUUCGGCCUCCUCGCCGGUUGGUGGGGAGUCGUGUAUUAUGUCACCUUCCACACCGAUGCCGGCUGGGACCUCGUCGAGCCGGUGACGUACCUGGCUGGCUUAACGACCAUCAUGGGCGGUUACCUGUGGUUCCUAUACAUCAGCAAGGAUCUCAGCUACAAGGCGGCUUUAAACAUCACCGUCUCCAAGCGACAGCAGGCGCUUUACCAGGAGCGCGGUUUCGACCCGUCUGCGUGGGAGGCGCUUGUUCACGAAGCCAACUCCUUGCGCCGAGAGGUCAGGUUCGUGGCGACUGAGUACGACGUUGACUGGGACGAAACAAAGGAUCUUGGCGGCGAGGGAGUAAUGGAAGUUCUGGACAAAGAGAAGAAGGGGAGACGCAAGAGCGACGAAGAUGAAGACGACGCAGAGGAAGAAGAGCGUACAGAGCAUAAACGUAAGGACGACAAGAAGAAGGAAAAAUCUGAUGAUGGGAGUGAGGGCAAGACUGCAUCAUAG